CUUUUUGAAAGAGACAAAAUGGUGUUCUGUGAGGUCCAACGUCCCUUUCGCCUUUGACUUUGACAGCCUUUUUGUCUUAGCAAACCCUACCUAUUUUAAUCCUAGUCGAAUCUGUUCUGUACAAAUACUUGGAUGACUGGCAUCGUUACUCUCUUCUUGGUGAUUCGGGUGCUUCGAACUAUUGCGAGCAACUAAUAUCUGCAGCUUCAUCGACUAAGUCCCAAAUCUAUCAGUACAUCUCACUCCUAGCAAUAUCUAUGAGUGUUCAGCACCAAGCUCAAGAAAGCACGCGGUAUUCAGAUAUGCCGGGACCCCUUAGCGAAUGCUAUUCAUUUCCUUCUGCUCCGAGGUCAGCUAUACCUGCGAAAAGAUCGGACGAUGAUGUUCAAUUUAUAUCAUCCAAGCCUGUUAAGAGGCGAAAGAUAAGCGAGCAAGCCCCAAAGCCUAUGGUACAGCAACAGAAUAUAUCGGCAAUACCUAUCACACCUAUGCCGCCCGUUUCUAUCCACCCUGCUGAGCUUAAAGACUCUGAUAGACGGAUUAGCACAGGCAUGGUUGGGCUCCCUUCAGAUUUCAAUACUAUGGAACUCGCCUCUAUGCUAAGAGGUGUGUCUCUCCCUGUACUGGAAAGAUUCGUCCUCAACCAACCUUCUCGCGGGCCGAGACCUCCAAGCUCACCAGAGCUCUCCCCCAAGCAGUUACCGCAAACAGUUGCGCCAGCAAUGGUGAGUGCCAACGCCAAUGGGAACAGCCCUAGAGGCUCCAGAUUUGACGUCGCACCUAUGGCAUGUAUGUCAAUGGGCAAAAAUGCGGCCCAGCCAGAAGCAUAUUUUACAAAUCCACUGGAUCCUACCUCGACAAUCGACCAACUACACGUUCUCAAGGAGCCAGUUGUCCAUACACACACGUCGUCUCCUAUGUUAAAUAGGUCACCUAAAAAUGUAGACCCGAAGAGUUUAGCGAUGCCUCCGCCCCCAGUACCAAACGCUGAAAUAUCAGCAACCCCUAAAUCUGCACGAGUUGGUCCCCCGUCGAAUAAUGCCACUCAUAUUACUACCCGAUCAGAUACAACAAAGCGGCCAUGCCAAAUUUGUGCCAGAAUGCGGCAACAAGCAGAUCUUGCGAAAUUCCAAGGGUUUUCGAUGUUCCCUCAUAAUAUACCACAUCACAUGAUUCCACAAAUCGCCUGCCAUCAGCCGUUUAGUCAACAUCUACAUCCUCAAAUGAUAGCUAUGGGUCCAAACAGCAUGCAUUCCCUGAGUCCAGGCCUUGCACCAAUCAUGAUGCCUAUCAAUAACAAUAAUUUCACAACCGUCCCAACUCGUAUGACUAGCCCAGCGCAGAUGAAAGAUCAAGUUCACGACAAGAAUUCUAGGCCAAGCCGUACAAAUAUCAACGACCAAAUUCAACCUUCGUCAACUUCAGCAACCGGUGAAGCCCAGCCCCCCACGGCCUUGAACCCAGUCAAACCGCCAGCGUCUCUUAUCCAGCCUACCUAUCGCAAGCCCUCGCCAAACUUAAUUGUAGACGUUGCAGAGACGUGCCAGGAGAAAUUUCCAUUUGAAGAUGUCGCAAAAAGACAUAACGUGCCCGUGGAAAAGGUUUUUGACGUCUUCGCGGCCAUUAUUCAGGUCCCACUUCUACGGUGCCCGACCGAUAGACGAAGAGCAGGGAAACUUGCUACCACACGUGUUAAAGAGUAUACGAAAGUUAAGAAAGCGAUUCAAGAGGCUAGUAACCAGAAUGAUGCCGGCUCUGCAGAUCAAGUAGUCGUGAAACCUCUAGAUAUCGCAAAUCGGCUGGGCCAGGUAAAUCUUCCGGAUGGUUUCAACUUAAGAGAAUCUUGAGAAACUAGAAGAAUAGGGUAUGUCACGUUUGAGUUUUAAACAAAAAUGUAGGGUUGCAAGGAGUGAGA